AUGUCCUGUGGAAAUCCCAAAGACCCGAAACACAUGCUCAAUGACAAUUUCAGCAGUUUCCUUGGCAGAAGGGUGUUCAUAGUAAUUGUGGUGGGACUGCUGGUGGCAUGGCUGGCAAUCGACACACGAAAGCGCCCAGAGCAGCUCAUCUCUUUUGGUGGUGUCUGUCUAUUCAUUAUUGCCAUAUUUCUCUUCUCUGCACACAGAACCGCAGUGAGCUGGAGGACAGUCUUCUGGGGACUCGGUUUACAAUUUGCCAUUGGCCUGUUUGUCAUUAGGACAGAGCCUGGUCUUGUAGCAUUUGAAUGGCUUGGAAAGCAAGUUCAGAUAUUUCUGGACUACACAAAAGCUGGUUCAUCAUUUGUGUUUGGAAACCUCAUUGACAACAUAUUUGCUUUCCAGGCUCUGCCUAUAGUGGUGUUCUUCAGCAGUGUAAUGUCAGUGCUGUACUACCUGGGUUUGAUGCAAUGGAUCAUCACAAAGAUUUCCUGGGUAAUGCAGGUAACGAUGGGAACCUCCUCUACAGAGACUCUCAGUGUGGCAGGGAACAUAUUUGUUGGUCAGACAGAGGCACCGCUCUUGAUUCGGCCUUAUUUAAAGGACAUGACCAAAUCUGAGAUUCAUGCUGUCAUGACUGGAGGAUUUGCCACCAUUGCAGGAAGUGUUAUGGGUGCAUUCAUCUCAUUUGGGAUUGAUGCCUCGUCUCUGAUUUCUGCAUCAGUGAUGGCUGCUCCAUGUGCUUUAGCCAUCUCCAAAUUGUCCUACCCUGAAACUGAAAAGAGCAAGUUCACAUCUAAGAGUCAGAUUAAAGUUGAUGGCGGUGGUGAACAGAAUGUCUUGGAAGCUGUCAGCGGUGGCGCAUCUGCAUCAAUAGGACUUGUGGCCAACAUCGCUGCUAACUUGAUUGCUUUCCUUGCCAUUUUGGACUUUAUAAAUGCUACUCUGAGAUGGUUGGGAGGCAUGGUGGGAUACCCAGAUGUCACUUUUGAGUUGAUCUGCUCCUACGUGUUUAUGCCGGUGGCCUUCAUGAUGGGAAUUCCAUACGAGGAGUCUUUUACAGUGGCUGAACUUAUUGGCACUAAACUCUUCCUCAAUGAGUUUAUAGCCUAUGAGAAGCUGUCAGUGCUCAAAAACAACAGACUUAAUGGCAUUUUAGAAGAUGGUGUAGAUAAAAGUUGGCUCUCAAUUCGAUCAGAAAUUAUCUGCACCUAUGCACUGUGUGGCUUUGCUAAUUUCAGCUCUCUUGGUAUUGUGAUUGGAGGCCUGUCCUCUAUUUGUCCACCAAAGAAGAGUGUCAUAUCUACUUUAGUGCUCAGAGCCUUGUUCACAGGCACAUGUGUUUCCCUGAUCAAUGCCUGUGUUGCUGGUAUACUUUUCAUUCCUCCGUUGGACUGUGUGGAUCUGUUUCGAAAUGCAGACUUCAAUACCACUAUACCUAACAUUGAAACUUGCUGUUAUGAUCUUUUCAAAAGCACUAUCAACAAUGGAACAAUUUCUUUCGAGGGGUCCUGGAGUAAAGUGAAAAAUGCAACAAUUUAUUUUGCAAACUGUUGUGGUCUCUAUCAGGAACCCGCUUGCCUGUAGUUUGUCCAAUAUGUAACGAUACAACAAUGCAGAAAACACCUCUGAACUAAAUUAUUUAUUAAA